AUGUUCAACUUCGGCGAGCGCCACACCAGCGUCUGGCGCGACGUCGAAGACGAGAUGCUCAAAGCGGGCGUGAUGAAGUACGGCGCGAACAACUGGGCGCGCAUCGCGAGCCUGAUGGCGAAGAAGACCGCCUUCGACUGCGAGACGCGCUGGCACGACUACAUUUUGCCCGCGCUGACGCAACGGCCCUGGACCGAGCAGGAAAUGCUCGCGGAGGCGCGCGCGCGCAUGGCCAACCGCAAGGGCAAAAAGCUGAAACGAAAGCUGCGCGACCAGCUGCUGAACGAGCCAGCAACGAUGCAAGUCAACUACAUUGCAGACCCCGGCGCUCUCAGCAAGGCCGUUGCGGAACACAUUGCCGAAGCCGUAAACAAAGCUGAGCGCGAGAACCGCAGCUUCGUGCUGGGACUGCCUACCGGCAGCACGCCGCUGCCGAUCUAUCGCGCGCUCAUCGAGCUGCACAAACGGGGCGCCGUUUCCUUCAAGCACGUGGUGUUGUUCAACAUGGACGAGUACCGCGACUGCUGUAUGAAAUCUGCACUGUACCGCAAUUUUUUGCACGAGAACUUCGUCAAGCACAUCGACGUUCUGCGAACGAACGUGCACUUUCUCACCGACCGCAUGGAAGGUUCGGAGUACGAAGCGCAAAUCGCGGCGGCCGGCGGCAUCGACUUGUUCUUGGGCGGAAUCGGCACGAAUGGGCACAUUGCGUUCAACGAACCAGGCUCAUCGUUCUUUAGCCGCACUCGUGCAGUCACGCUCAGCGAAGCAACGCGAACAGCGAAUGCGCGCUUUUUCGAGCGCAAAGAGGAUGUGCCCAAAACAGCGAUUUCUGUCGGGUUAGGCACGUUUUUGGACGCGCGCGAAGUGCUAGUGGUCGCCACGGGCGCCGAGAAGGCCCAGGCGGUGCGCUGGGUGGUGGCGGGCGAGUUGAGCGAGAAUUGUCCGGCGACCUGCCUCCGGCUGCACCCGCGCGCCUCGCUGUGGGUGGACGAGCUCUCCUGUGGCAGCCUGCAGCACAACGCUAGUUGUAUUAGUACUAGUGAAGAAUCAUCCACUGUAGUCUAG